AAACCCCCGCAAAAUAUGGAAGAAGUCGACGAGAAAAUUGAGGAGGCGAUUCGAGUGAUGGAGGCGCAAAUCAAGGCAAAACGGGCGAUUUUAGAGGAGUCACUACGGGUGGUCACAGAUCCCAAGCAGAUGGAAAAUUGCAGAAAACGACGGCAAUAUAUCAAAGAAACUCUUAACUGUGAAUUAUCGAUUCCAAUCACUGAAAAUCAGAUUUUUUCCAUUGAUUUUAUCGAUUCUUCCCGUUUCGAACGCCACGUAAUCACCAGAUUCGAAGUCAAAAAUCGAUUGGAAACUGAUAUUUUAUCAAUCCAGGCGUCAAUUGGCAUUCCGAAUACAUUGAUUCGAUGGACUUUGUUUGAAAAUUCACAUUCUCCAAAUAUCCUGCAAAGUAUCAGACCGAAUUCGACAGUAGUUGUGUGCUUGGCAAUUCCAUUUUCGGCGUUUUUGGCCAGUGACACCGUAAAUCUCAUUUUCACAGGAAACCUCGUUCCAAGCAAAAGGCUACUACUUCAUCCGACCGCGUAUCCAGUAAUUGGCGCCAAUUUACGUGUUGAACCAUACCCAGAAGCCGAUUUUUCUGUGAGAAUCGAUUUUUCCGAAGCGAUCGAAGAAUUGGACGUGAAAUCAAUCGAAUUCGUUGAUGAGUCGAAAUCCACUCGAAUUAUCCAAUCACUGCUCACUGUGCUCCACCGUUUUCCUGUGCCAAUUGUUCCGGAUUUUGCCACAUUUCGCCGAGAAUUCCCUCAUUUUUCGGCUAACGAUUUCGACACGUGGCGUCUUUUUGUCGGCGCCGACAAUUUUGAUGGGCUCUUUUUGUUCACGGAGAGCAGUGAUGACGUCACUCGGUGCCACGUCAUCUCGGAGAACAGCUCAAUUUGUGAAAUGUUUUUGAGACUUCUGAAUGAGAAGUGCCAAUAAAUUAAUUUU